AUGUUCAAUUUCGAAUUUCAUGGGCCAUCUUUUGGAUCACAUUUUAAUUUAAUAUAUCUGCUAAAUCUAAUAACAAUUAUCGUUUCAUUCAAUAUCGAUGUUAGGCAUCCGGUAAUUCAUCGAAGUGGUGCUAAUUCAAUGUUUGGCUAUUCAAUUGAUUUCUAUCAACAUGAAGGAAUGACACUUUUACUCGUUGGUUCACCAAAAGCAAACAGCGGUGCCAAACAGCCAGGUGUCAAAAACAGCGGUGCCGUAUUUCGAUGUUCUGUGGAAAAACCGCUUUGCUCUGAAAUUUUUCUCGAUCGAAAAGGUAACGAAAAACGACUCAAUGGAUCUCAUUUGUUACAGAUUGAAGAGAAAUCGGAUCAAAUGCUUGGUGCUACCGUUCGAGUAUCCAAGAAAGGCGAUUCUGUUGUGGUUUGUGCUCCUCAUUACAAAUAUUUCUUCUCGAGAUUUGAAGUUGUUGAACCGGUUGGAACAUGUUUUUAUGCAACAAAUGGUUUUGAAAAUAUCGAAGAAUUUGCUUCAUGUCGACAAGAACCUGCUCGUCACGGUCAUCAUCGUUUCGGAUACGGAAUGUGUGGUUUUAGUGCAACAAUUCCUAAUGAUGGUAAUGAACGAUUGUACAUUGGUGCUCCUGGUGCAUAUUACUGGCAAGGUACAAUUUUUGCACAAAGUGUACGCAAUCAACUUGAUCGGCCAAAUACACCUGAUGGCCCAGCACAUCAUGAUAACUAUAAUCUUGGUUAUUCAAUGGCUGCAGGUGAUUUUGAUGGUGAUGGUUUAGAGGAUGUGGUUGCUGGAGUACCACGUGGUAACGAUCUUGUUGGUGCUGUUUACAUUUACAAUCAUAAACUAAUAUCACUAAGGAAUCUAACUGAUAAAAAUGGACAAAAAGGACAAUUCUUUGGAGCUGCAGUGGCAGUUACUGAUUUAAAUAAUGAUGGUUAUGAUGAUAUCAUCGUAGGAUCACCAUUUUACACCGACUACAAGACAGUAAUGGAUGUAAAAACUCAGGAACAUAAGCCUCGUUAUGAUAUUGGCAAAGUCAUGCUUUUCUUCCAGGGAUCAAAUCAUGAUUUCUUCAAAUGGGAAUCAUUAUUGGGACAUACCGAAUGGUCACGAUUUGGUCAUUCAGUUGCAGCUGCUGGUGAUUUAAAUCAAGAUGGUUAUAAUGAUUUCAUCGUUGGUGCACCAUACGAUGGUGAUAAUCAUCGAGGUGCCGUAUACGUGUAUCAUGGAGCUAAAAAUGGCGUACGCAAAGAACCAACGCAAAAAAUUGAAGCACAAAAAAUAAGUGCUGAUUUAAAAGCAUUUGGAUUUUCACUUGCUGGUGGCAAGGAUAUCGAUAAAAAUCAAUAUCCAGAUAUUGCGGUUGGUGCUUAUCAAAGUUCACAUGCAGUGGUGUUUAAAACAAAACCAGUGAUUACAGUGACCGGUUCACUAACUACAUCUAAGAAUUCAAUUAAUUUAGAAGAUAAAACUUGCUCAACCGAAUUUGGAAUGAUGGCUUGUGAGCAAAUGAAGCUUUGUAUGAAGUAUGAGGGUAAAGGUCAAUCGCCACCAGAUAUUGACCUAAAACUUCUCUUUCAACUUGAUUCUAAGAAAAUUAUCACACCGCGAGCAUUUUUUAGACGACGAGAUUUGAAUAGUAAACGAAAUACGAAAGUUCAUAAAAAAGCAGCAUCACGUGAUCAACCGGAUAUAAUCGAACAAAUGGUGCAUUUACGGAAAGGACAUGAAUACUGUGAAACAUACUAUUUUUAUGUUUCUGAUACAAUACGUGAUAAAUUAAAUCCUAUACAUAUCAUAGCGAAUUACAGUUAUGAAGAGCGCGCAUCCGGUAUAUCAACAUCCGGUCAUUUGGAACCUGCAUUGGAUACUACUGUACCAUUAUCAUUUGAAGUUGAACUUCCAAUAGAUAAAAAUUGUGGUCCAGAUGAAAAAUGCAUUCCGGAUCUACAAGUACAUGCUGUUUCGAAUAAGAAGAAAUUCACCAUUGGUGCAGCUGAUCAAUCGUUAAUUGUUAAUGUAACGGUCGCAAAUCAUGGAGAGGAUUCUCAUGAAUCGCAAUUUUUUAUUACAAUACCACCAGGCUUCGAAUAUGGUGGUGUGGAGAAUUAUGCUACAAAG